UGUAGAUUGUGUUGCUUGAGAUUCCAGGUAGAUAAGCCAAAUCCUGCCUUUAUGGUCUCAUGAUCCAAAAUGCCUUUGGAUAUUUACCAACUUGUCUUUUGAUAUACAAAAGAAUAUUGUCACUAUCCACCUUUAGCCCCCUUAUAUAUAGCUUCAUUCAUAUUCAGAUUUCUCACAACAAUCUCCUUUUUACAAGAUCCAUAGUUACAUUUCGAGAUACAAAAGAAACAAAUCCUUCUUUCACUUCAAAUAAUCAUCAAGAAAACACUAGCAAACCAUUAACUAAGUCAUCUUUUUGAACAUUGGAUAUGGAAAGAGUGAUGAAGUUGGGAGCAGAAAGUCCAGUGGUGAUUUUCAGCAAGAGUAAUUGUUGCAUCUCUCACAGCAUCGAAACCCUAAUUCGUAGUUUUGGUGCAAACCCUACAGUUUAUGAGCUUGACGAACUUCCGAAUGGGAGGGAAAUGGAGAAAGCAUUGGUUGCAUUAGGGUGUAAGCGUAGUGUGCCAGCAGUGUUCAUUGGGAAAGAAUUGGUUGGUGGUUCUAAUGAGAUCAUGAGCCUUAAUUUGAGGGGCAAUAAGCUCAAGCAACUGCUCAUAAGGGCUAACUGUUUAACCAAAAAGUGAAAUUUCGGUUAAAGCCUUAAUUUAGAAGAACUCGGGUUACUGAUAUUCAAAAAAUGAAUAAAGGAAAGUGAUUUUGCCAACAAUAAGAUAAUCAGAAGAAUACAAAGUAAACCAAUAUAUUCAGAUAGUAUUUCGUGUCUUUAUAAAUGAUCCAUUCUCUUCCUUUUAUAGCUAUCUCCAAGUUAUACGUUAUGCCUUUGUCAUAAUAAUGCCAUUAUAGACAAUUAAAGGCAUUAAAUGCUACGUUACAUAAUCAUUGUGAUUCA